CGCAGUGCCAACAGCAAGGGCGGUACUGAUACUGUCCAGAUGCACUCUUUCCCUGAUUCUUCUGAGGACAGUAUCUCUUGCUGUGGCCUGGCUGUCCGCACCCAAAGCAGUUCCCUCGAAACUCUCCUGGAGGUGGGGACUGUGACGUCAAGGGGGGAGACCUGCGCCCCCUCCUGGCCCUGAAUGGUGCUUGCGUGUCAGGGUAAGAAGUCACUUUCCGGGGAAUACUGCGCAGGAUUGAUUCCAGUUCCAGACCCCUGGCUAGAGCCUCUUGCAGAGAUUGUACAUGAGCCUGCUGGAUGUAGACACGGAUCUGCACAUUAUCCACCGCGUCCACAAACUGAUCCCGCAGCAGAACCUGCACCAUGUCUUCACUCGCUCCCGGAUACGCCCUUCUUACUAGCACCUCCAGGUCCUGCGCGAGGUAAAAUGAAGCUGUUUGUAAUAUUAAGUUUACAACUUCUGAUACUUACUGCUCAAAGCCAAAGAAUCCUUGGCAACAAGAAUAGCUUGUCUUCCUCUGUAGAAAGGGACAGCAACAAGGCAGAAGGAAAAGAAUACAGUAAAAAUUCUCAUCAGAACAAAAUACGGGAUAAAAGGCCAACUCAAGAUGAAGUUGCUUCCACCCUGACCCUUACUGAAGUAAAAGAACAUGACCUCCCAGUCCAAUCCUCACAAACAAAGAUCUCAAGUGAAGAAAUUCUCAUCACUCAUAACCCUCGUGAGCACCAGUCCACUGAAGGCAACCAGUACAAGAAUGCAUCUCCUUCAUCUAAAGGAAAAAUGUCACAUCAUGAUAGUGCAAAACCAAAUGAAGAAUGGGACCAUCCAAAACCCAGGCAGGGAAAGGAGAAGAGGGAUGCUGUCUGGACCUUACAUGAAGAUGGGGACUUUGAGGCUUUCACCAGCAGGACCUCAGUGGUCAUUGUCUACUUUUACAGAAACAGUGGAUCAGCAGCCCUUUUGAGGUUCUUACGGGAGUACAAUAAAUCAGCACAAGAAUUGCUGCAAUACAAAGUUUUGCUGGCCACUGUGGAGUGUGGAGAGUACCAAGUACCUCAGUAUUGCACCUCAGACAAGAUCAAUCGCUUUGCAUAUGGUUUCCGAGGAGGACAAGAAAAGAUUGCCUUUCCUUUGGACACACUCUUCAACAGCAAUGCCAUUGUGGCCUCUGCUCUUCACCUGGCACUGAUCAACACGGUGCCCAUCUUGCAGACAGCUGGGGAAAGACGUAAUCUUGAAAAGCGGUGCCGAGGUCACUGCGACCUCAUCUUUGCUUACUUGCGUACUCUUGGCACCCUGGAACACCGAACAUUCUUGGAAGUGGCCCAUGCACACCAAUCCUCGUUUGUAUUUGCUAUCACCACCUACACUGCUGGCACCCUGGGGUUGCCCCCAUCUCCACAUUCUGAAGAGGAGGAUCAAGAAAAGGGAGUGUGGGUGAUACAUUGUCAGGACAAAACUGUCAACCAAGAAUGUGUAGUGAGCAACUACCGUGGCAAGAUGAUGCUACAACAACUUCUUCACUUCAUCCAUGUCUUACAACUACCUUUGUGGCAUGAGGUAUCUGAGGUUCCUGCAUCUGAAGAGUUUAAAACUCCCUAUGACCAAGCUGACUUGCCUUGGGUACUACUGCUUCAUGACAACUCUUCUGCUGCUCGUGUCAAGAUCCUGGCACCCAGUCUGGCCCAGCUCUUGCAUGGCUCAGUUGCCAUCAUCACUGUUAACCUGGAAGGUGUCAGUAAAGAGUUGCUUGCCACAGUAGGGCUGAAUUAUCAUUCCAUCACCACACCAGCCCUUGCCUUCAUUCAAAGGGAUCAGAAGAGUGCAACAACAUUGCUCAAUGAUUAUGAUGAUGCACUAGAGUGGGUUAAGGAACAGUUGUUUGUCAUGCACCAGAAAGAACCCCAAAGCAAAGAGGAGCAAGGAUAUCUUCCUGUACAGGUGGUAGAAGAGUUGCAACAGGAUGAUGAAGUGGUGCUAGGAAUAAUGGAGAGUAGCUUCCCUGGGGUGGUGCAGCUUGCUGGGCCUACACCUUACAAUGCCAUCCUCAAGAACAAGAAGCUGGCUGUCAUUGUCUUCUAUUUAGCCUGGGAUCCAGCCAGCAAUGCACUCCUGCAGCACCUGAGUACUGUAGCACCCAUGCUAGAGGAGCACAACAGCCAGGCCUCUCUUUACAGUAUAAACUGUUUUGAUUGGCCUAUAGUUUGUGAUAUGCAGGGUAUAUCCACCUAUCCUGUGCUGCGUUUGUACCCUUAUAGUCGCCGUAAUGUGACUUACCGUGGUCCCAUCAAUUAUUAUCACAUCUUGAAGACUAUACUCUUGGUGGAGCAGGGCACCCCAGUGGAACUGGCUAAUAUGAGAGCAGUGGAGGACAUGUUGGCUCUGAAGAGAGAUGUGCACCCAGCCUCUUGGUUCAUCAAUGCUGCUGUUGUUGGAGUCUUCUCAGAAGAGAAAGGAGCAUCAACUUUUCGUGAAGUAUGUCACAUGCUGGAGGGCACCGAACUCUUAGGUCUACAUAUUUCUCAAGAGGCUGUCAAUACCUACUGUACAUCUGAAGAGGGUUGUGUAGUGGUGAGCAAACCAGGAGAUCUUUUCCAACCCUGGAGAACACUAGAAGCCCCAUCACUCAGAUCCCCUGCGAUCACAAGUAUCCUCUCACAUGCCACCCUUGAUGUGAUGGACCAACUAGAUCCUGAGAGAUACUCAGCUGUUCAUGUUAGAACAGAGAAUAUGGAUGAGGCUUCCUUCAUCCAGCAUCUCAUCAUUGUCUUCCUCCCGAGCCACACCUUUCAGUCCCGACCAGCCAUGCCACAAAGCAUACCGGGAGCACCAUGGUCCCAUUCCUUCAGAAGAAAUAGAAAGAAGCCACAAAAUGAUUUCUUGACCACCAUUAGCUAUUUGGCUGCUGAAUUGUCAGAGCCAGGCUUCAUUUUUUCAUGGCUUACAUGGGAUGAUCCUCUUGCACAACAAUUGGGUCCUAUGUAUGGACUCUUUCCAGAACUGCAGACACUGGUAGGACUGGAAGUGAAGGAAGGAGCAGUGCACAUCUUCCCUCAGGGCAAUAAUACUCAUGCCUCCCUUAAAGCCUGGCUUAUAGCUGUUAGGGAAGGUCAUAGCACACCCUCUGUGUUGUUGCCAAAGAAGAUGUGGGAACCACGCUUGCCUGGCUUUGACUACCUCAGGUUUAUGCAGCAGGACCAAGACCAUGAUGCAGAAGACCAUCUUGUGCUGGAAAUGGAGGCUGACCUCACUACAAAACUUCAUGAAGGUGCCUUCAGAAGUUACGUGCGGAGCAAGCACGAGGCUGGAUGGUGGUUCCUCUGUGGCCGUCCCAGUUUUGGAUGGGCAUGCUGCUCCAGUUGCUAAUAGACUUCCCACGUUUGAUAACGAACAGGAGGAAUGUUCUAACACACCCGUCCACAACAGAUCCACACCCCAUCAUGUCCCACACGAGGCUCAUGGCAUGCCUUCUGUCAGGGAAAACUUGCAGAAACGAGGAGUUUCGCCAGCUGCUGCGGACAUCAUACUUGUCUCCUGGAAACCAGGUACUGAGACGCAAUACCGCCCACAUGUCCAGAGGUGGUCGUUGUUUUGUGGUAGACGGAAUGUCGAUCCCACUUCUCCAACUGUAGGUCACAUUGUAAAUUUUUUGAUGGAAACCUUUGACAGGGGUGUGGGUUAUGAGUGUGUGAACACUGCGAGGGGUGCCCUGUCUUCUCUCGGCAUUGUGGUGGACGGAUGCAGGGCAGGAAAUCACCCUUUGGUCAUCCGAUUCAUGAGAGGGGUUUUCAAUCUUAGAACUCCUCAGCCCAGGUACACUGACACUUGGGACGUCCAACCUGUCUUAGAGAAACUAAGGUCCAUGUUCCCCUUACAUGCAUUAACCCUUAAAGAAUUAACGCUAAAAUUGGUUAUGAUGAUGGCCUUAAGUCAAGCUGCCAGAAUUCAAACUUUACAACUACUGUUAAUCAGAGACAUGCUCAUUAAUGAACACUCCAUUUCAGUACAGUUGGGGGGCACUCUUAAACAAUCCAGACCAAAUUUUAACAUCAACAGGGUCACAUUCCAUCGUUACCCUAAGGAUCCACGAUUAUGUGUCUGUAGCACUCUCCUGAGGUACAUUGAUGUGACUAAAGAGCUUAGACAGGAUGAGAUGCACACUGAUGCCAGGCUCCUCAUUAGCUUCAUAAAACCCCACAAAUCAGUUUCCAAAGACACUAUUGCCCGUUGGGUCAGGACCAUUCUCCGCAUGUCCGGCAUAGACAUCUCAAAGUUUUCCGCUGGUAGUGUGCGGCCAGCAGCAGCUUCAAAAGCUGGAGUGGCGGCUGUCCCUGUCGCAUGCAUUAUGGCUAAGGCGGGCUGGUCUAGGGAAUCUACCUUUGCAAAAUAUUAUAAUAAGAACAUUGUGGCUGCUUCUGACCUCUUUCAGGAUGCAGUGCUAGAAUAAGACAUGAUUUGGGUUUGUUGCUGCACUCCAGUGUUGCAGUACACGGAUAUUUUAAGUAUUUAGUAUCUAGUACCUUAGGUUUACCUUAUGAUGUGAACUGUUACCAUAUUUCAACAUUGUUUGUAGAUU